UUAGCACUGUCGUGACUAGGAAUUUACUUUUUCACUAUUUGUUGCCACUGAUCUCUCUCGCGUCGUCGUCGGAGUCGCGUUUUGUUUUUUUAUGUUCCGUUGUCUUUAUACGCUCCUCAAAACAAAAUCCCCUAAAAGAGUGAAACCCACUGUGUGCAUGCUCUUUUUCCUAUAUUCCAGGCUGCAGUUGAAGGCAGCACGGUUACCGGUCUGUCGCGUCUAGUUGAUCCGAGUGCGAAUGAUUUAUUGAGAGGCUUCGACUUCGAUGUCAACAGAGACAGGAGCGCAAAGACUUCGUGUUUCAUCAGAUAACUGUCAACUCUGGGUUCAUGUCGGAAUUGUCUGGAUGGAGGGGACGCUAACAGGCGCUAUGGCCAUGGAGAGCAGUGUGUGGAGUCCCUGCGACUACAGCCACAACGUCACCUUCUUCUACAACUGGGUGGGCAAGAAGAUCAGCGUGGCGUGGACGACGCAGGACUCUGUGGUGAUCGGGCUGGGCUUGACGGUGUGUCUCAUCGUAGUCUUGGCCAACCUGCUGGUGAUGGUGGCCAUCUCCAUGAACCACCGCUUCCACUUCCCCAUCUACUACCUCCUGGGCAACAUGGCUGCAGCGGACCUGUUCGCAGGCAUCGCCUACACCAACCUGAUGUUGCACACGGGCCCGUGGACCAGCACGCUCUCCAAGAAGCAGUGGUACAUCCGCGGGGCUUUGAUCGACAUCAGCCUGACGGCCUCUGUGGCCAACCUGCUGGCUGUUGCCGUGGAGCGCCACCAGACCAUCAUCACCAUGCAGCUGCACAGCAAGAUGAGGAAGCGGCGCGUGGUGCUGCUGAUGGUCUGCAUCUGGGCCGUGAGCAUCAUCAUGGGCCUGGUGCCCUCCACCUUUUGGAACUGCGAGUGCGAUCUGGAUGACUGCUCCACCGUCGCUCCUCUCUACAGCCGCCGCUUCCUCAUCUUCUGGGCAGUGCUCAACCUGCUCACUUUCUUCAUCAUGGUGGCCGUGUACACUCGCAUCUUCGUCUAUGUGAGGUACCAGACGUCGCACGCGUCUCAUCACACCAUGGACAUGCAGCACAGGCAAACUGUUGUCAACCUGAUGAAAACUAUCUCCAUGGUUCUGGGCGCCUUUGUAAUCUGCUGGAUGCCGGGCCUCGUGACUCUCUUGCUGGACGGGCUGCUGGGUAAAGCCAGCCACGCCAACGCCUACGAGAAGUUCUGUUUGGCGAUAGCGGAAUGCAACUCUCUGGUCAACCCCGUCAUCUAUUCCCUGCGAGACGACGAGAUGCGGAGGACGUUCAAGUGGAUCCUGUGCUGCUUGUGUCGGAGAGGUGCUGACCAGCAGAGAGAGCUGUCACCUGUCGAGGUUAACUCCCCACUGCCGGAGGAGACUCUUGGCUGUGUGCAGAAGUUAGAAGAUCACGCCGUCUGUACGGAGACGAACCAUAAAGAAGACAGUUGGACAAUGCCGGGGGUAUGAUGGCCCCACAUCGUAUACAAUUAAAUGAUUCAAUUGAAUGAAAAAAAUGUAUAUAAAGAUGCAUCUUUUGAAAAGGAUUUGUU